GAGGGGGGGUGGGGGGAGUAUUCAGGAAGGAAAAUAAAGGCUGUCAGACGGGUCCCCACCUGUUUUUUGAGGAGAGGAAUGGAGUGCUCCAGGAACUCUAUCCUCCUCGAGACGCUCAAAGAAAACUUUCGUUGUGCAGAAAAAAUGACAACUCACCCGUAGGAAAAAAAACUAUUGUGAUUAACCGCCAGUGCACAAAAAAUGGCGUCGGAAAUUAAAAUAAACGGGAGUGAACUUUUGGAAGUUGACAUAUGCGGCGGCGGUGGCGGCGGCGUGUGCUCCGAGGACGAGAGCGGUUGUUUUGUCACCUCCCCCGCCUCCCUCCUGGAUGAUUUCUCCGGCUUUCAGCAGUGGACGAGCCCCGCCGAGUCACCUACUGACACAUCAUCACCUCCGGGACAGCAGGAGCACGGAGCCGCCCCGCCUGGCAUCGCUGCUGCUGCUGCUGCUGCCGCCCUAAGGACCAACACGGCCGGCGACAGUGACUCUGAGCCCCAGGGAGAUGGACUCAGAGCUCAGAGGAGCUCCAUAGUUGACUGUCUUUUGGUGGAGCUGUAUGAGACGUACAGCGGAGGCAGCAGGAGGAAUGUGGACAGCUGGGACAGCUCCACCGAAGCCUCCGGUUCUGAUGCCUUCCUGGGCCGCAGUAACUCCGGCUCCAGCUUUCUCCUGGAGCUCCAGGAGAAGCACACCAGGAGGCAUCAGAUGAACUACCUGGCCCAGAAAGCCCCUGCAGAGCUGCAUUCAAUCAUCCAGGAGGUCAAAUACCGUACAGGCCUGCAGUCGGCUAAGCUGAUUCGCCAACUGAGGAGACGAGACCGACUUUGCCACAAACUGCAAAAGAACUACGACAUUAUCACAGCGUGCCUUCAGGCUGUCUCCCAAAAACGACGCGUUGACACACGGCUGAAGUUUACCAUCGAACCAUCGCUGGGAAAGAAUGGAUUCCAACAGUGGUACGACGCCCUUAAAGCAGUGGCCAGGCUUCCUACUGGGAUCCCAAAAGAAUGGAGAAAGAGGGUGUGGCUGACACUAGCAGACCAGUACCUUCACAGUAUCUCUAUCGACUGGGAGAAGACGCUUCGCUUUGCUUUUAACGAGCGGAGCAACCCAGACGAUGACUCUCUUGGCAUCCAAAUCGUCAAGGAUCUACACAGGACGGGCUGCAGUUCUUACUGUGGCCAGGAGGGGGAGCAGGACAGGGUGGUGUUGAAGAGGGUGCUGCUUGCAUACGCCCGCUGGAAUAAAGCUGUUGGCUACUGCCAAGGAUUUAACGUACUGGCUGCACUCAUACUGGAAGUUACAGAGGGCAAUGAGAGCGAUGCACUAAAGGUGAUGAUCUAUUUGAUUGACAAAGUGCUGCCCGAGAGUUAUUUUGCCAACAACCUUCGAGCAUUGUCAGUGGACAUGGCAGUGUUCAGAGAUCUGCUGCGUCUGAAGCUGCCCAGACUGUCCCAGCACCUCCACCACCUUCAGAAAGCUGCCAACAGAGAAGCUGGAGGCAGCUACGAGCCUCCGCUGACCAACGUCUUCACUAUGCAGUGGUUUCUGACCAUGUUUGCUACCUGCCUGCCGGCGGCCACCGUGCUGAAGAUCUGGGACUCGGUUUUCUUUGAGGGGUCAGAGGUGCUGUUUCGGGCCGCCCUCGCCAUCUGGGAGAGACUGGGAGAGAGGAUUGAGUAUUGCCAGACAGCCGAUGACUUUUACAGCACGAUGGGAUGUCUCACUCAGGAGAUGCUGGAGCACAACCUCAUUGAUCCUACUGAACUCAUGCAGGAGGUUUACUCCAUGGCGGUGUUUCCUUUUCCCCAACUGGCCGAGCUGAGAGAGAAAUACACCUACAACAUCACUCCGUUCCCUACCUCAGUCAAAUCCAAUGGAAGUGGUGGUCUGGGCAGCUGGGAGAGCGAUGACGAUGCCGACAUGGAUGAUGAAGACUCUGUGGUGACGGCGCUCGGCUGUCUCGGACCGCUGGGUGGCUUGCUGGCCCCCGAGCUGCAGAGAUACCAGAAACAUCUCAAAGACCAGCGAGCAGAUCAGGGGAACAUCGCAGAGCUGAGUCCAGGAGCGGUGGGAGCUGGAGGUGGUGGAGGAGGAAGUGGAGUAGGAGGAGGUGGAGGAGGAGGAGGAGGAGGAGGGGGAGGAGGUGCCAAGGCGGAGCAUCAAGCAGCUAUCAACAGCAUGAUGAUGGAGAGAAUGAGCACCGACAUUUGCGCCCUGAAGAAGCAAUACGCACGCAUCAAGAGGCGGCAGCAGCAACAGGCUAUGCAACUCUACAUACGCACAGGACCUGGACCUGAAGUGGCUACAAGUCCAGGGGUUCUUCAGGAGCUUCCCAACAAACACAACGAUGGUUCCGACCAUCGAACUGACGACAAAUGCCCUGCAACCCGUGUCCUAGCCUCCCAACUCAAUCCUUCCAGUUCAGUGAUCAACCAUCUCCUUCUGGGUCGGAAACCACGUGGAGGUCCCUGGGGCUCCAGGCCAACAUCCACUAGCACAUCCACACUACCAGGGGCCCCACUUACUUCUCUAUCCCAGUCUCAUGGCUCCCCAGGCAGGCAGCGCUGUGGCUCAUUGGCCUCCAACAGUAGCGGAUCUCCAGGGAGCUCUGGAGGAGGCACGGGUUCACCCUGGCGUGCUCAUGUCCGGGUUCAUCGGAGGAAUGUGGCCAGGGCCCGAGCACAGCUGGGAUUUGGAGAUUCAGAGGAAAGGGAAGAGGAGGAGGAGGAGGAAGGAGAAAAAGGAUCAGUGGGUGAAGAAAACAGGAAGAUGGAGGAAGAGGAGGGAGAUGAUGAGGAGCAGAAAGAUAAAGAAGGGAGUGACUCCUCUGUAUCUCCAUCUCCUGAUCCCUCUGGUACAGAGUCAGUAUGUGAAGAGGCUUCACAGGUUGAAGAUGUGACAGAAGAAGAAGUGGGAAAUGUGGUGGAACGACUGGGCUCCCUGGAUCUCGAGGACGAAGCAAACCUGACCUCCCCGAGCAACACAAACCCAGAUACACAACCCACACCACCAGAGUCUAAGCCUGCACCCAUUGUCCCUCUUCUCCCUCCACCACCGUCCUCAAACAGACACAAAGAGUCUGACUCCUCCGGGUCAGAAAGAAGCACCGGCUCUGACAGACAGUUACCCUCUGUCACUCUGCCUUCACCUCACCCCUCCUCCAGCUCCUGCAUCCCCUCUUCCUCACCUUCCACUCCGAGUCUGUCCCCCUCCCCGGUCCCUACAUCAGCUUCUGUUGAUCUGUCCUGCACCUCCUCCCCCACACCACCCUCCACUCCUACCCCAAGCUCCACAUCCCGCCUCACAUCAUCCCUAUCAGUGAAUGGUUUGUCCAAUCUAUCCACCCCCACCUCCUCCACAUUUUACAAAACUUCCUCCCCCUCCACGGCCUCACUCUCCUCUGUUGCGUCAUCUUCUGGAUCUCGUAUCUCCUCCUCCCCAUCCACACCGGUGUUCCCGUCCACCACCACCUCCACGCCUAAACAGCAGAUCUACUCCCCGUUCCCUUCUGUAAAACAGCCCAGGAAAUCAGCGGCAGCCAGAAACCUCGGUCUCUACGGCCCCACAUCCAGAACACCCACAGUACACUUCCCCCAGCUGAGCCGUAACCUCAAUCGUAGUAGUGCUGCCGGCACCACUGGGAGGCGAUAAAAACUGCUGCUGGAAACACAAAGAUGUUACAUGAUAUGAAAAAUCAUUCUGUAAUUACACCGUGUUGCCUCCUGCAUAUUGAGGAAAUAACUUGUAUAGUAUUUGAAGUAGAUUGAAAGUUCUAGAAAUGUAAAGUUCAGACGUGUGGAGAAAUUUCUUGGCUAUCAUGGUUUGGAUGUUAAGAUUGUGAUUCAUCUGAGACACGGUCAUCCUGAAAUUCACAAGCCAUUAAAGACAUGAUGAUGAUCAUUAACAAGGCGUUUCUAUUAAAGGAAAUGGUUUGUUUAGUUUGGUGUUUCAGCUGCAUGGGUAAUAUUUCACUGUAACGGAGGACUUGGACACAAGAAUAAUGGAUUAUUGCAGUAUCAAGCCCUUUAUAGUGGCCUAUGCAGGUCCUUCUUGACCAUAAUGGAUCUAUUAUAAAAAAUUAAGACCUCAGAUGUGAAGCUGAACCGUAUUUUACAGACUCUCUACAAAGUGUCUUGGUUGAGGCACAAAGUUAUGCUGCAUAUGUGCUCAGCAUCUACAUCUCUUCUAUUGUGGUUUGUGAUGAAUAAGAGAACUGAAACAUGAAGAGAUUCUGGUCUGGACAAAUGCCUCCAUCUGGACUGAAGGACCAUAUUUAUCCACAUAAUGAAGUAACAUUCCUAUAUGAGAUUACACAAUAGCCAACACAAUAGCCAUUUCUAUGCCAAGUAUUUAAGAAAAUAACACAAGAAACAAGAGAUAUCUAAGAACUGCAAAUGAGCGUAGUGUGUGCCGAGAAAACUGGCCCAAUCUUAAAACCUAUGUUCUGAAGCACUUAAAAUGUUUUUGUUUUCUCUAAGGGGUAAAAAAAAAUCUGUAUGUGUAAUCUUUGUUUGCAGCUUUACUGUUGAACACGAGGAAUGUAAUAUCUCGAUAAAUAAUGAAGGAUGUGUGAAUGGGAAUGUGGAUCUUUGUGUUUUUGACCAUUUGGUUGUGAAUACUGUGUACAUGAAAUUUAAACAAAAACAAGGUUUACAUUGUGAAACAUUACUGGAAUUUAUGGGUUGCCAUAGAGCUUCAAAUCAAAGCUUCAAUGUGUUAUGUGAAAGGCAAACUUAGAAAAUUACUGUCACAUAUUAGUAGCUGUUUUUGCAUAAAAUAGACCUGCACAGCACUAUGAAGGAUAAUUUAAAAAAAAAAAAAAAUUCCCAUCUGAGAACUUAUUUAAGGUUGAUUCCCAGCAUUUAUAAUUAGUACAACAGUGUUUUUUACUCCUGGGAAAUUUACUACUCAGCUGCUGAUUCUCAUUUGGCUGUAUGGUCAGUCAUGUCAUAGCCUGAAGAAACAACAACAACCUCUCAGUGAAAACAUGUAGCAGCUGCAGCUCAACAUCCUGCUUCCGGCACAGAUGUAGCAAAGAGAAAGAUAAAACUUCUCAGAAAGCAAGCUUUAUGAUCAUUUUUAAACAUGUAAAGACAUGUCUGACCAUUUAGCCAAAGUUUGUGCCUCAUUGUUUCUGCUUGAUUAUUACAUUUAACUCACAUAACAUCAAAAAAAGAAUCCUUAAAAAUACAAGUGAAACAUUGAAAAACCCUGCAGGUUGUUUGACAACACAAGCCAU